GUGUUAUUUUUAUUUUGUUUUGCUAUCAACAUUCGCAUUUAUCACCACACAUAAGUGAAAGCUUUUAAAAAAUAAAAAUAAGAAAGUUAAUUUCUCUUAUCCCACAUUUGCUCGUCUGCAUUCUAUUUUCAGUGACUUAAAUACUCAAGUUUGCUUAAUCACGAUGGAUGUCCACGCCUGGUUGCCGAUGAUCUUUUGCAGUCUUUCCAUUCCAUUAUCAUUAUUCAUGUGGCUGGGCAAUUUGGCUUUUUCGAAAUUUUGGCAUUCUAAUGAGUUUGAAGAACCACCCGUCAUACCACCGACACGUUGGCUUUUCUCAACAUUAGCGCCGCUUACGCUAAUGACAAUAGCGCUACGCAGGAAAUCCGUUAACAAAUCAGGUGCCGCAUUGGGUAUAAUAUUUUCCUUUAUUUUAUCCAUCGCCAACCAUGCAUUUUUCGCCAGUUUGGCGGCAUUUUUCUUUACUUCAUCACGUGCAACCAAAUUUCGUGCGCAUUUGAAACGAAAGUUCGAAAAGGACUUCAAGGAAGGUGAAGGCCAACGCAACUGGGUGCAGGUGUUGUGUAAUGGUGGCAUGGCUACACAGUUAGCCCUAUUAUAUCUCAUAGAUUGCGGCAGUUGUGAGCGUCCCAUUGACUUUACAAACGAGUAUCGCUCCAGCUGGUUAGGCGUUGCAGUUAUGAGCGCUUUCGCUUGCUGUAAUGGCGAUACAUGGGCUAGUGAAUUCGGCAGCGUGCUUUCCAAAAAGGAACCAUUUCUCAUUACAACGCGUCGCCGUGUGCCACGCGGCACUAACGGUGGUGUUUCUAUACCAGGCCUAGUGGCUAGUCUUGCUGGUGGUCUGUUUGUUGGGUUCGUCUACUAUAUAACCGUACGUUAUACCGUUGAAGAGCACUCGUUACAAGUUAGCCCUUCACAGUGGCCCAUUAUAAUAUUCGGCGGCGUUGCUGGGCUGCUUGGUUCUUUGUUGGAUUCAUUGCUUGGUGCUACAAUGCAGUAUUCGGGUGUCGAUAAAGAAGGCAAAAUUGUCGAAUGCCCUGGAGUGGGUGUACGACAUGUCAGCGGUUUACGCAUAUUGGACAAUCACAGUGUCAAUUUGAUUUCCAGCAUUGUGACAGGUGUGACUAUGCCUUUAAUAGCGUUAAAGUUUUGGCCUUUGCAUUGAGUAAAAAUCAACGAUAUGAUUUUCGUUACUUAUAAAUGUGUGACAACUGCUGAUAUUUGGCAAAACAUGAAAAUUCUUCAAAUAGCUGUAUGUAUAUUCGAUACUUACCAUUUUCGAACGAAUUUUUUAAACAUACACACGUGCAGCAGCUAAAAUUCAUCCACAUAUACUUCUGCAUGUAUGUAUGUAAUGUAGUAUCGAAUAUCUACGAAUCAGUUGUUUAUUGUAUUAAUUAUUUUUGUUUGAUUGAUGUUUUUGAAUCUUAUUUAAAUAUGCAACUACUAGAACUGAUCUAUAACGUGAAACGUUUAGACAAAGGUUAUACAAAUAUUUUUAAUUAUUCACCCCAGGAAAUGUGUCUCAAACUGUAACUAAAAAGAACUGUUUUUAUAUUGUAAAUUAUCGAUGGCAGCUUUAAAUAUAAUAUUAUGCAUGUAGGUGUGACUAAUAAACAUUUGUAUAUGCAUGAAAAUAAAAUUGUUUAUAUAUUAUUACAGGCCGGUAGUAACUGGUAUAGACAUGAAAAAA